GUGGCGCUGCUGAGAGCUCACGCAGGAGAACACCUUCUGCUGGGCGUCGCCAGAAGGUCGAUGCCUAUCAAGGACAUGCUGUUGCUAGGCAACGACUACAUCAUCCCGCGCAAUGGCACCGACAGCGACAUCAGCCAGGUGGCGCUGCGUGUGCUAGACGAGCUAGUGCAGCCUUUGCGAGAGAUUCAGCUGGAUGAUAAGGAGUUUGCCUGUCUCAAGGCCAUCGUCUUCUUCGAUCCAGAUUCGAAGGGACUCAGCGACCCGCAGCGGAUCAAGACCAUUCGAUAUCAGAUACAGAUACACCUCGAAGACUACAUCAACGAUCGUCAGUACGAGUGCCGCGGACGCUUCGGCGAGCUGCUCCUGCUGCUGCCGACCCUGCAGAGCAUCACGUGGCAGAUGAUCGAACAAAUACAAUUUUUCGGGGUGACAAAGAUCGACAACCUCCUACAGGAGAUGCUGCUUGGAGGAAUGCCGGGCCACCACCAUUUUGCCUACCACUACCAGAACCACGGUGCAAUACCAGGUCCCCCGACGAUGGAACAGGAAGUAACGCAAAACAAUACGCAGCCGGUAUCAUUACAGGUAUAUUGCCCACCGGAGCAAAUGCCAAACGUUGCAGACGGGUUCGUUCAGGGCAGCCCUCUGAGUCAGCAGUCCGCAAUGGGGCAGGUGCCCGUGGCAUUGACACAGGUUCACGCUCUGAGAGAUUCGACCUCCUCCGGCUGCCAAGGUCAAAGCCUCGGCCAAGAUGGCGGCGUGAUGCCCAACAUUCCGCCACCCGAAUACAGGGCGGCCAUGGGAAAUAAGUCUACAGAACAAAGAUUCUGCAAGAAGGAGAACAACAACUACGACAAAGAGGGCAUGUAAAGCCACGUUAAAGUAACUCGAUGGCCGGAGAACGGGUGGCCUCUGUUUUAGGGGAGCGUGGAGCAGUGAAGACGAUGGCAUUAGCAUGUCAUAAGUUAUUGGAUUAAUGAUGAAAAUCGUAACAUGUCAAUCUGUGAUCAAACGUUUAUAUAUGUGAGAGAGUCUGUCAUGGUGCGUGCUCGCGUGCGUGCAGG